AUGCAGAGCAUAAUUGAAAUGUCAGUUUUGGGUGAAAUGUCAUAUUUCCUUGGCAUAGAAAUGUUUCAGACUCAGCAAGGAAUUUUCUUAAGCCAAAAGGCAUUUUCCUUGAAAAUUCUAAACAGAUUCUCCAUACAGAAUUGUAAAGCAACUAGCACUCUAAUUGCUAUUGGAGAAAAGCUAACAAGCCAGGGUGAUUUCGAGAAAGUAAAUGAGUCAACCUAUAGGAGCCUAGUUGGAUGUCUCCUCUACUUGACGGCCACAAGACCAGACAUAAUGUUUGUAGUCAGCCUCUUAUCCAGGUUCAUGCACUGCUGCAAUGUGAACCAUUUUCAAGCUGCAAAGAGAGUCCUCAGGUACAUUAAAGGCACUCUGAGCUUUGGGAUGAUGUUUACCAAGGUUGACAGCAUGAAGCUCAUUGGUUUUGCUGACAGUGACUAG